GAGAUAAACUAGGUCAUUCUUUGUUUAUGAGUUGAUGAGAGGGAAGCGAUUGAGUUUUGCUUGCAUUAUUUGCUACAUUCAAUACUGAAAGGUUAUAUAUUCUUGAACAAUGGCAAACAGACAAUUUUUCACUGCUGAAGAAGCUAAUAGACUUGUAAUGAAUGAUAUUUUAUCGGACUUCAUGAGUGAUCAUGGCAGCGAAGAGGAAUACGUUCCAGAAGCCAGUGGUGGAAGCGAAAAUGAGGAAUUUGAUGAUCAACCAUCAACAUCUACAGCUCCCCCAAAGAGAGCCAAAGUAACAAGAAGAGGUCGACCGAGACGACAAAGAGGUGCUAGGCAACAAACUCCAGCUGAUAUUGUGAUACAGCCAAGGCCGGCUGAACAAACCAGAGGUAUUAAUUUGCUUAGCUUCCGCAGAGACCUUGUACCUGAUCUUGUGGAUAUUGAGAGAAAGGCCACUCAGCGGAAGCGACGAUGUGGAUCUGCUCUGAAACAAAUAUCUUCCAUGUUCAAAAAAAGGUCGACCCUGGGCAAAGACGUAAAGAAUGUCACUUGUGUAGCAAAGGCAUAAUUGGCGUACGAAAGGACACAACAUUUUACUGUGAUUCCUGUGAAGGGAAGCCUGGGCUUCAUCCCGGGGACUGUUAUUCCAAUUUUCAUCUUCAGAAUAGACAUAGUUCAUAAGUUUUGUGUCUUAUAAUAUCUUUAUCAUUUGUAAAUAAAUGCACCAUUUUUAUGUUAUACACGUAUAUAUUUGCUCUUCUGUACUGUAAAAUGUCAUCAUUUCCAUAUGUCACCUCACCAUAUUCCAUCCACUUUGUAUAUAUCCACUGUUUCAUUGUUGUUUUUUAUUAAUAAAACUUCAUUUAUGGUCAUUUGAAGCUUCUAUAUUGCGUUACUGAUAGUUUUCGCAUAUUCAGGUUUAUGCAGAUUUUUGGGUUCAACGUAGAAAAACAGCAUACUAAGGGCUUUCCAUUGAACCUAACUCCAUAAAAUUUGGUACAUUGAUGGUUUAGGUUGGAAUCCCUAGGAACAAGGGAAAAAAUCAAUCUAAAAUUGUAUUUUCUAAUUACUAUGAACCAUGUACCAAUCCAAUUUUUUGCUUUUGAAUAGUUUUUUUUUGGUAAAAUCAAAAGUUUGAGCUGGGUAUUCAAUUUAUGCCAUUGGUUUUUUAAGAAAUAGAUAGCACACAAUCUUCUCUUUCUAACAAAUCUUUAGUGAAGGUGAUUGGAUAAAGUUUUUGGUUUUUAUGGAAAUUUGUAGGAGUCAAUGUCAAGUGUAAAAAAAAAUGUCUUUUUAAGGUGUUGA